AUGCCGAAGUACCUGAAUUCGGCCGCUUAUGACCUCGCCAAGCUCCAGGACAAGUGCGAGGCCCUGGAGAAAGAGAACAGGCAGCUCAGGAGAGAACUUGCGAUGCUUCGCGUCUCUGCCGAGCUGUCUCCCUGCCCGAAAAGACGGCUGAACGCCGUCUCGCCCGCCUUCACCGCGGUCCCGUCGUCUUCGUCUGCCCCCUCCGCGCCAGACCCCUCCGCGUCCGCCUCCUCGAUCGCCUCACCCCGCCGCGAAAAAUCAUACAUGAAGCCCACGAUCUCGUCUCAACGCAGGGAAGUGGCCGCGAGACGAAAGAGCGACCAAUCCCUUGCGGUCCGCAAUGUGUCCGCUCCUUUCACCAUCAACGGCAGGCGCUGGACAUACAACGACGGGAGACUUUUCGCCGCGGACCCGGUCAACGGAGGAGAGCUGCCCCGGUGCAUGCGCGACACCGAGGCCAGCCGGAACAGGAGGGAGGCCACCAGAGCGCACCGGGAAAACAGGGUCCGAGAGCAGCGCAUGGUGCGCAGCGCGGAGGCCGAGCCUGAUGAGAACGAGGCCCAUGACGACACGGGCAUCCGAUCUCGUACGGACGACAAGUGGCAAGCGGGCCAGUUGGAUGCAGCGGACACAGGACUGAACGAUCCGGCGACAGCCACCGGGGAGUCAGGUGGCGAUGACGGGUUUACGACCUUUCCGCUGGAGUGUGGCUGGGCUGAGGAAGAAGACAGCGAUGAGUCUUUAGACCUGGAUCUUGGGCGCGGUUACGUCAACUGGAUCGAGGCCGAGCCACAACUGGCCAACGUAUUCCAGAACGACGAGAAAGCGCUGCGAGGUCUUCGCAGAGCCCACCGCCUGGCCCUCGCCGCGCUCUGGACCGCAUGCCGCAAGGGCUGGCCUCCCAUCUGGCAGAAAAAGUGGGAAGCAGGACCCAGCUUCAUCGGGUCCUGCUACGGCGAGCUUCGCCACGCGACGAACGGGUGGACAGCAGUCCCGUCGCUGACCCGCAUUCUGCACGGCCUGGCUGAGCUGCGGAACUACGUCUGCCACCCGAGCCCCUGCAGUGACUACUUCGCCUUGGCGGGCUAUGACAACUACCUCCAGCACGCCGAAUACUUGACCGCUGCGCUCGACGAUGAGGCCCGGCCGCGGAAGCUACGGCGGAUCCGCGAAGAGUGGCGCUCUGAGGCGUUGAGGACGCUGGCGGAGAUCGAGGAGCGCGCACCGCUGGCCGAGCUGCCCGGGUGCGAUCUGGAACGCUUGUGGAAGCCCAAGCAUAAGAAAGUGUUUGGGCGCGUCAUACGGGCCGAAUGCGGGUCAUUGGCAAGGGCAAACUUCCCCCGAGUGGUCGUCUCGGCCGCUGAGACAUGGGCCGAGUUCAGCGGAUUAAGUUGA